AGAGUGUCAGAUCAAAAGCAGCUACUAGUUAGUGAAAAAUGUAUUUACAUUGAAAAUAACAUCAGCCGCGAACAGGUGGCUGCUUCCAGGUUCAUGCCGAGGCCUCAGACAGUGUUUUAUUUCACCCAAGGAUAUUUCUUGUGACCCAGACAAAGGAAUUCAUAGAGCGUGGAGCUCCCUUUUUUUGGCCCUCCCUCACCGGAUGUGCGUGGUAUGGAAGAAGGAGCCAACAUCUAAAGAAGAUCACAACCAAGAAACCCACCCACACACCGCAAACUUUAAUUUUCCCCUCGGAAUGAAUCUUUUCCUCACAAGUGGAUAAAAUGCCUUGACCCCCCCCCCUCCACCCAUAUGAUGGCAGGUUUAGUUUCAUCUGUGGGUUCGGUGGUGAUGCCCAAGGCUCUUUUGCAUGCACGUGGCCGGUGUGCAGUGUUCCUGGGGAUGACGGUGUUGGUAACAGUGAUCACAGCCGGCUCACCUGUUGCAGAUGAGCCUCAGAUCGACUCCACCGACAGAUCUCUUCAGAAUGGUCCAAGUUGGACAGGACCAUCACCAUCAGCCUUACCAGUCCCACACAUGGCCUUUGGGAAUCCAGACUCCACUGCAGCAACAAAAUCUGCCCCUUCACCUGGUGCCCAGCCAUCCAGUCUCACACUAAACUACGAUGCUAGGACUGUGGACACUGUGCUUUUUCAGCAGGGCCGUUUACCCUCUCAAAACACUAAAUCCCUCACCUCGAGUGACCUCCUUGCUGAAGGACCAGAACCUCUUUCCACUCCCCCUUUAAGCCCAUCAGAGCUUGUGUUGGGGCAUAGCCCACAAUUUGAGGCGCCGGCUAGACUUACCAGAGAAUUGAAGCUGGCUAGGUCGAAUACUGCCAUGCUACCUUCCUCUCAAAAUCCUCUGACAGUACCAGAGCUACAGCCCCGGUCAAAUACAUCCAAAACAUCAUUAAAUCGCUCUGUUCUUACAAGUUCAACAAGACCACAGCUUGUUACUGUUAACCCUGACCAGAGACCUCUAGAUAUACCUCCAUUGGCUUCCAGCAAGCAUAAGGAAGGUGAAUCAGAGCAGACACUGGCAAUCAUGACCUCACUUCCUGUUCGACCUCUCGAGCCCCCUAAACUUCUUGCCGCAGAUGUGUCUCACAGUCCAGACUAUUUCUUUUCUGAACCCAAGUUGCCUGUGAAGCCCUCAAGUAAAGUCCUGGAUGUGAACCAGCUGAGCCCCAGCAGAGUCCCCAUGCAGCAGAGCGACCCAGCAUAUGGGGUCCACAUGCUCCGCAACCCAGCACCUGAGAUUCUGGCCCAUAACUAUGUGCCUUUCAUCAGCCCCCACCCUACAGCAGCUUCAUCUGAACCCACUGAGGCCUUUUCGGAGGAUUUCUUUCCUACCAACACCAUGGAUGUGGACUGGGGGUCUGGAGACUACAUGGAAACCAUGUCAUUCUUGGGUUCAGAGGGAGAUGACUAUUCUCUGGUCACCAACUUGCCCUCUGACAUGUAUGAUCUUGAGGACUCCACAGAAAGCUAUGACACAUCCUUCCCUUCUAGAGUUGGGGUAAUCCCUUCCUCCAUGCACCCUCAUCAUAUCUCACCUUCUCCAAGCCUCAUGACAGCCUAUAGCUCCGUUGCUCCUCCUACAUCCAUCCAUCCCUCCUCUUUUUCCUCCUCAGCUCACCACACACUUGAGCCUACUCCCACAGCUCAGAGUGACAUAGGUGAGGCCUCAGAUGUAGACUGGUCAGAUACCUUAACCAUUGAACCAACUGAUCUCCUCUUACCUGACAUGAACAGCUUGGAGUAUUACACAACUCAGUUGACUAAGGAGAACAAUAGUUCAGAUACUGGAGCUGAACACAGGGGGAACAUUACCACCACAAGGCAUUUGUCUCCAGUAUCCAUCCAUGCGACACAGAUUUUGGCCACCAGCACCGUCACUGUGGAACCAAGUCACAUGCUGACUGCUGUGUUAGGACGAGAGGAACCUCAGCCCACCGAUAACACCACCUGGAUUGAAGAUGAGUCCUCCAGUGAUCUAUCAGGCUUUGACGCUCUCAAUGAAACAAUCACAGUACACGCCACAGAGGAGACCAUUAAGCAGGUCAAUUUCUCUGAGCCUUUUGUGGAUCCCUCCAUAGCACAAACCAAUUUCUUGGACCUUUCCUCCUCUGUCUUGGGUAGUAAAGUGUCCACCACAAUAUGGUCAAGCCCCACACCCACACCAGUUGCUGGGCUGGACAGCAUCGCCUUAACAACGUCUGUCCUCCCCAGCUCAGCAGUCUUGCAGUCAGAUGAUGUAAUUUCCUCCACCUCUUGGACCGAUGUCCAUUGGUUUAUUACUGAAUCUGUCCUCCAUAGCACCAUUCACAUCACUCCUGUCUUAACUCCGACCACAGCUUUUUCCGCUGUCCCCACUGAACCUGCUGCCAAUGCCACUGCUUUUUCAUCAGAAAUAACUCCCAGAAUCACUACUAUUACAACUGAACUGACUCCUAAUAUCACCUCAGUUUCAGUUGAACCUACAACUAAUAAUACUGCGGUACCCCCUAUCAUGGUGGGCGACCAGGGGGUGACUGAAGCAGGAACAGACAGCUCAGCUACAGUGAACUUGAGCCCUGCCAGCACUGUUGCUAACAGAACCUCUGCUAUACCCAGUACUGCACUCCCCUCAACUGCCACUGCUACUUCUCGUCAAACUACCGCUAGGACUACCGCUACUGCUAAAGCUUCCACUACUCUCAGCUUAAUGUCCACUGCCAGCAGCAAGAGUCCCACUACAGCACCAACAUCAAGGCAGUACCUCUGCAACACUGACAAGCCUGCUUAUUUAGUCAAAAUUGGUUUCGCCUCUGGGGUCACUGUUGGAUAUGCCAAAUCCCAAGUCAGAGACAUCUUGAAGAGUGAAUUCAACAGAUCAGUUGAGCUGCAGGUUGUGGACCCCCCUCCUAAGUUUGUGUUUCGGGCAGUGUCUGGUCCAGUUGUGUACACGGCCAUAUCUGUCAUCAAUGCCCUAAGAAGGUCUGGACGCCGCUUUCUGUCUGUGUCUCCCAGCUGGACCAUACCAGAUCAUAAAUACCAAGUUCACACAGUGAUACAGUUUGUGCCCAGUCACAUAGAUGUGCGGGUAUGCAACUUCACCGAGCGCAUUGAACGAGGCCUGACCAUGGCAUUUGCAGAAGUGCGUCGGCGCUCUCAGGUGUCAACUAACUUCACAGUGCAGAUUGUAAACAUUACCAUGGCUGCUCCUAAAUAUCAGGAGCAACGCCUAGCCAAAGACCCGGUGGAUAUCACCUUUGCAAUUCGUGGAACCAGGGGUUAUCUAAUGGGGUCAGAGGUCAGCAACUUUCUGAUGAAGCUCACCAUGGUGGAGUUCAGCUACUACAUGGGCUUCCCUGUGCUUCAGAUUGCUGAGCCCUUCCAUUACCCGGAGUUAAACACCACCCAGCUGCUUCGAUCCUCCUGGGUUAGAACAGUGCUCCUGGGUGUGCUGGACCAGAGAGUGGGUGAGCGGACCUUCCAGGCUAAGAUGGAGCGUCGCCUGGCCAUGUUACUGAGUGAAGUAAUGGGAUCAGUGAGACGUGUAAAAAGAGCCACCAGCACAGGCAACAGCAGCGUCCAGGUUGUCAGUACGACCCGGCUGGUUGGCACAGACCACCCCCUCGAGGUGGUUUAUUUUGUCGAGGGUCCCAGUGGCCAGAGGAUUCCUGCAGUCCAAACAGCCAACCUGCUCAACAGCCUGGACAUUCAAAGGGCUGCCAUUGUCCUGGGAUAUCGUGUCCAGGGCAUCCUGGCACAGCCUGUGGAGAAGGUUGCAUCCUCGCCGACCGACACAGAGAACACCAAUUUGUGGAUUGUCAUCGGGGUGGUGAUUCCCCUCCUGGUGGUCAUCGUCAUCAUCUCCAUCCUCUACUGGAAGCUGUGUCGGACAGACAAGCUGGAGUUCCAGCCAGACGCCAUGACCUCCAUUCAGCAGAGACAGAAGGGACCGGUCGGUCACGCCAAGGGCAAACAGCGCAUGAGCACUGAGGAGGAAGACGAAGAAGAAGAAGAAGAAGAAGGAGAAGAAGAGGAGGAGGAGGAGGAAGAGGGGGAAGAAGAGGAAGAGGAGGAGGAGGAGGACAAGGAUGAAGAAAAGGAGAAAAUGAAGAGGAAAGCGAAGAAAGCAGCAGAGCGGGCCGCACAAGAGAAGAGGGCCACGCUGAAGAAAGCACAGGAGGCGAAGAAAGCAGAGGAGAGAAAGAAAGCGUUAUCAAAAGGGAGGAAAGCCAAGAAGGAGCUGCAGGCUCCCAGUGUGAAGGGCUUUGACUUUGCCAAGCUGCACCUGGGCCAGCACAGUAAAGAUGAUGUCAUGGUGAUCCAGGAGUCUGUCCCGCCAGGGCCUGGCCCCGGGCCACUCUCCCUGCCUAUUAAAGAUGGACUCAGUCCCUCAGAGAAUGGGGAGAUUUUGACCCCCAAGUCCAAAACCUCCUCCACCAAGGCGUCCUGGAGCGGUCGACGACGAGGAAGGAUUUCGCCAUCAGACGGUGACUCAGUGGUCAGCGACCGUUCCAGCGAGAGGGAAUCGACCGAGGAGAACCUGAGAGGCCACGCCACGCCCAGCGACAGCAAGCAGGCCCGCAAGAUCCCCAUCAAUGUUUUAAACGGCAAGAAUAGAAUUGGUCCUCCACCGAUGAGCGGCACAGACGAGCAGCUGUCCUCGGCCUCCAUCUUCGACCACGUCGACCGGAUGUCCCGCGCCACCGACGCCGGCAGAAGACUCCCCAACAAGAUCCAGCUCAUCGCCAUGCAGCCCAUGCCCAUCCCGCCGCUGCAGAGCCCCACCAUCAACGGCAAACUGUCCGACAACAACCAAAUCAACAAAGAGAUCCAGGUAGCAUUAAGGCACAAGUCUGAGAUUGAGCACCAUCGUAACAAGAUACGUCUGCGUGCCAAGAGGAAGGGCCACUACGACUUCCCCGCCAUGGACGACAUGGCCAAUGGCUUCGGAGACCCCAAGGACCAGGAUCGCAUCUACCAAAAGGCUCGGAUUCAGAUCGAUAAGAUCCUGGACCCAGACGUCCACAUGCCCUCCGUCUUCAUGGAGCCCAAGAAAAGUGGACGGGGGAAGCGCUCCCCCAAGCAGAGGAAAAGGGAGCAGCUGAACGGCGGCAUGAUGGACGCCGACAAAGACCACCUCAUCACGAAUGACAGUGAUGCCACCUACAGGAAGUGCCCCGGGGUCAACAACGUGGCCUACGUGUCGGACCCUGACCAAGGCCCAGGAUCUCCACCCAGGAGCCCCUCCCCCACCGAUGACGUCUUCAUGGGCCCGGCGUCCUCUCCUCCAGGCCACGCUCCUCCCCCACCCCCUUACAUGCCCCCCCAGCCCUCCAUCGAGGAGGCGCGGCAGCAGAUGCACUCCCUGCUGGACGACGCCUUUGCUCUGGUGUCGCCCACGUCCCAGGGCAGCACCGCAGGGAUCACUCUGCCAGGGGUCAACGCCAACCCCCCCAGCUCCAGCCCCCCAUCCCGUGGCCCCAGACCUUGGGGUCCUUCCUACCCAGCUCUCGGCCCUUUCCCCGGGAGGUACAGUGAGUUGGGCAUGUCCCCCCCUUCAGUCCAAGGACUCAUACAGAGAUCAGGCCUCGGCUCCGGCUACCUGCCUCCAGGAGAAACAGCGGGGCCAGGUGAGCAGCUCCAACCAGACAGCCUGUACUCCAGCAGGGGCCUCUACACCGACGAGCUGCCCUCCUCUGCAAGGCCGCGGCCAGUAGGGGGCACUACAGGCGCCCAGCUCCAUCACCUGACACAGGUGGGCUUGUCCAGCCGGAUGAAUGGCUACCCAGCAGGGGGCAGAGCUGCUCCAGGCCAGAACGGAGGCAUUGGCUGGAACCAUUACCAUGACGACAACUUCUCCAAGGCAGGACCAGACAGAGACGCGUUCCUGGACUACCCUGACUACUCGUCCUCUAUCUUCCAGAUGCCCAGGAGUGGUAUCAGGGAGCCCUCGGCACCCCCUGCCCACCUAGACACCCCUGGGCUUGGCUAUCCGCCGGCCCCGGAGCCCCCGGAUACCUCCCCUCCCACCCACUCCUCUGCCUCCCUGAUCAAGGCCAUCAGGGAGGAGCUGCUGCGGCUCUCCCAGAAACAGGCAGCUGUGCCCAGCUACCACAGCUGAAGCCCCGGCCUCCUGCCCUUAUACCCCCAGCCACCAAUCAUGCCACUGAUCUGACCCCGCCUGCCUGCUUCGCCUAACCUAACAAUGCUUCCCAUGGAAGUCCCUGACUGUGUACAGGAGAGAGACAGUCCUAAACUGAAAUGGAGUGAAGUGAGGAGGCGGCUAUCAGAAAUUUCAAACUGAAGCGGCUACCUUUACGUGAAACCGAACGAGCGUGAGAGGGCGGUCGAUGGAACGCUAUCAUGGUACUCUGUUGUUCUGGUGUGGCGUCUGGACUGUUCAGCGGGAGAGAGAACAGUAUCUGAUCGGCUCUGAUGACACAGAGACAGAACAAUUUGAACAGUUCAUGCUGGACCUUUGAGAUGAAAUGAGAUGACACGACGAGUCGUCUGAGCUCACUGUCUCGGCCCCGCUUCUGCUCCUGUGCUCCAGCGUGGACCGGGGCGAGAUCUCUGCCAAAUCCUGGGCCACCGGUGGAUCCGCAUUUUUGGAAUGUGAUUCAUUUUAUGACAUUUUACUACAUUUCUUUCUUUCGACGACAGCGUCACUUGGACUCGAGCAUUUGUGCACCACUGGUUUCACUCUCAUGCUGCCUUCAUCAACCUAAUUCUGGAUAGAAAUACGCAACAAGACAUCAUUUUAGGCUCUGUUUUGCAGUAUUUACACCUGAUUUCAAGAAUUUUUCUUACAUUACCGUGCUGGUAUUUGUUCCAGGUAUUUAUUCCACCAAUGCAGAUACUUUCUCUCUUUCAUCAUCAGGUGCUACUUUGUUUUCUGCCAUGAUGAGCCAUGCUAUGCCUUGACACUGUGAUCCAGUUCACCUGACCCAAUCUGCUGUAUACGCCUACAGUGAGGUCAUAGUUCACAGCCAGCCAGCCAGACAGACAGCCAAUUCAGACAGUAGGCACAACAUGGAGCAUACCACAGAGACUGUAAUACUCAUAAGCACUACCUAGUCUUUCCUUAACAGUUGCAGUAGUACAGUUAGUCUGAGUUGAUAUCUUUGACUUACUUGUUACCCUUGACUUACAGUUCAUUUGUCGUGGGCAUCCUGUGUUCAAACCCACCUGUCUUGUACCCGUCUUUAUCCAUGUUCAGCACCUGCCCGAGCACCAAACACACACAGGGAACCAAUGGCCUUGAAAUGACAUAAAUUUCCAAACACGGCAGCGCAGUUGUUACGCUGCAAAACAUUUCCGUCGUAACAAGUCAGUCAGACUCACAUUCAGCCUCAAAAUCUUUGUUUUUCUGAGAACAAGUGAAUUAUUCUGCUAUUAUUCUGCAUUGUUCCAACAUAUUUAUACUUGUUCCCAUGCUGACAGAUCACUGAGAUGAAUGAAACUGAAUUGGAAACAAGUGCGAUAAUCUCCUCCCACUGGUAGAUUUUUUUUAUUUCACUAUUUUAAAGAAACGACAAGAUUUGAACACUGAAUGCACUGCAAAAACUCAAAAUCUUACCAAGAAUAU